AUGAUUAAACAACAAGCAUCGGCAUUAUUCGAAGAAAUUCGAGAAAAUCUAUCACGUACCAUUCAAGUAGGAGAAUUUUAUCCGGGUUUACAACUUUGGUCGUCUAAAUUGAAACGAUUCGUUUUACUCUAUGGAUUAUUUUUUACUAAAAUUGAUCAUAUCAAACUUAUUCAAUAUUAUUUAUCUAUUCUAUCCAUAACUGAACUCAGCUGUAUUGAUGCAUCAAUCUGUUUUGAAAUGCUUACCGGCCUAUUGCAAAAGGCUCGAUUGAUCAACCGAAAUGAUCUGACAAUCGAUUGGCAGAUAUUAUAUCGAUGGGCUAAAUUCAGCGUCAAGGGUCAUGAUAGUACCUAUGCAUUGGUUAUUUUACCUAAAGAUUUCGACCUUAUGAUUUUUCGGUGUUUACGCUACUGUUCUCCAUACUUUUCGGAAAUGGCUACUCAAGAAAUUCUUGAUGAGAUUCGCCCACAAUUGUGUCCUAUCGAUAGUUGGUCUAUGUAUAAUGCCAUGAAAAUACUCGAAGGUUUUCUACCCAUCAAUCUGCCUCCAUCUUUGCAUAAUCAAGGAUUUAAAUUAUGGCUAUCUGAGUUUUUCGGUAUUUGGGAAAGUGUCUAUAACGAUACAGCGUGGGAAAUGCGUCUACUUGAACUUUUUGCACGUCUUGCCUGGUACAAUAUCGGCUACAUCGAUUGGGAACCAUGGCUACCACAGAUUUUUACGCGUUUUCUGCGAGGUUUUUCACUUCCAAUUGGUACCUUGCAAAUUUCUACAAGCAAACAUAUUUAUUCUGUACCAUAUAUUUCCCGAUGGAUCAUUGGAAUGAUAGGCAAUGGAAAUUCUUGUCUUAAAUAUUUACAAGAUUUAUUCAUAGCUAUAAAAAGUUUUUAUUAUCCAUCGAAUACAGGAAAAUUUCAAAAACGACUAGUCGACUUCGUAUUGAAUAUGACUCGACAUUUUAUCGAUCGAAUUCAUCUAGAACGCAAAACUUGUCCUGUUUGGUUCUUUGAAGUGCAUGAAUCUUAUCGACUUACCGAACAGGACAUUACAGAUUUUGUGGAUUGUAUCAAAGAAUAUGCAUUCAUAUCCAUAUUUAACAAGGAUUAUACAAAAGAAGCUGCUGAAACUUGUCAAUAUUUGGCUAUGCUUCGACCAGAAUCUAUUGUAUCACCAAUUGUUGAUAAACUUCUCUUAUCCAUCAAUAAUCUAAUAGAAGCACAUCGUUUUACAUCACUCAUGCAUUGUUUAAAACGCAUGACUCGUCAAUUAGUACGACAAACAUCGUCCUAUUCUCAAGGACAAACUUAUAUUAUACCAUUACUCAUGUCAGUAUUACCUGGUAUCGAUUUGAAUGAUUUCGAAAAGACAUCAGUAACAUUAGACUUUUUCGAUGCCAUUUUUAUGUUAAUCUCAUGUGUCGAUUGUUCAUCGGCAAUAGACGUUCGACAUGAUCUUAAUGAGAUUGAAAAAGAAGUUUGUCUAUCCACAGCGAAAUUCGAAGAUUUUAUAACAAAAUUUCUCGAUCGAAUAUUUCAAAUGAUUAAUAUACUCUCAACAGACUUCUCGGAUGCUGUAAAUAUAAAUGAAAAACAUACGGAUCAUGAUAAUUUACAAGUGAAAUUAACAUCAAUAAUGACCAAUAUUCUUCAGCAAUGUAGUAGCAAUAUUUUUCGAAUGAUAAAGAAGAAAAUAACAAACUUUAUUGCUGGUUCAAUUUUUUUACCGAAAGUAAGACAACUUGUUGCUGGACUAGUUCGAGCAAUUGUCAAAUGUUAUCCAAUAGAAAUAUUGGAGACACUCUUACCACAAACAUGUGAAUCAAUUGAAAUGAUCUUACAUAAAUCAGAAAUAACUUUACUUAAUGAUCAUGAUGGUGAUCUAGAACUAACUUGGUAUUUAUUUCUAUUAGCUGAACUAGUUCAAGCACGUGGUGAUACUCUACUUAUUUAUCAACAAAUGAUUAAAUCUGUCUUUCAUCUAUGUAUUCGUAUUCUUCACAAGGAUUCUUAUGAAGCUAUUGGUAGAGCAAUUAAAAAUUUACUUCAAUCACUUUUGAAUGUUUAUCCAAUGAAUUAUCGUUUUACUGGAGAAAAUCUUGAGGAAUCAUUUGUUGAUUUCUUACCUAUUCGAACUUGGGGACAAAAUGUUGAUUUUGAUCAAAUUCAAGUUCAAUAUCACAUUCCUAAUAUUGAUGAAAUCGAUUUUGCUUGUGAUUUUGUCAAUACAUUUCUCUAUUCAGAAUUGACAUUAUUGAAAGAGAACUUUUCGAACAUAUCAAAAUAUGAACGACGAAGAUCGCUCACAAUUAUUAGCAGCAUAGCCAUUGGAUGUUUUCGUAUUGUAUCACGUAUCGAAAGUAAAGAAAUAUCAGAUCUUGUGUUGUCCGCGGUUCCCUGUAAUUCACAAUCUCAAAGUUUAUAUCCAAUCUAUUACAAACAAUUGAAUUCGAAAUUCCGAGAGAAUUUACGAAUGCGUCUUCUUCUCGACAUAGGAAAAUUACUUGAUAUGCUAAUUGAAAAUCAAUCGGAUGAUGUUGUAUCAAUAAAAAAAGCUCUCACUAUCUGUGUACAUUCGUCUAAGUACUAUGGUAUAUUUUCUACUGAUGUUUCUCAAAUGCGCAAAGAUGUUCAAUCGAUGAGAACAUUAUUUCGUAAUGAAAUCAUUGGUGAACGUGAUAAUCCACAUUGUUUAAUAAUCAAUCAAAUUGCAUUACAAAUCGAAGAAUUUGAAUUGAAUAAUUUUCAAAUAUUAACCGAAAUCGAUAGACAAGUCGAAUUGAAAUUAUUCGAUUUAUCUAUUAAUCGAUAUAGUGAAAUACGUCGUUUUGCUCAAGAUCAACUCUUCUUCUUUCUUAAUCAUUAUUUUUCUUCAUUCGAAAUUAUUGUCGAUCGCAUUGCUGAUCUAGUUAAUACACAAGACGAUAUCAAUGACAAUCAAAUCAAAGGUUGUCUAUAUAUUCUUUUCGGUGAUAAGAAUUUCUUCUUGCCAACAAAACGUUCAUGGACAAUGAUGAAAAAAUUAUGGCCAUCAAUUGUUCAUCGAAGUCAUACAAAAAAAAUCAGUCUUCAACGUUUGAUUCAAGAAAUGAAGAAAAAAAUUGAAAAAGAAUUUGUUACAAUACCACUCAUCGAUGAUACCAAUCAGAUAUCCAGACAUGCAGCAACUACUCUAUGGCGUUCGUUAGAACCAAAUGAAAUAGAAAUCGGAAUACAAUUUCAUGAAAAACGUCAUGAAAUGAAUAUUCAAUCGUACAAUCAUCUGAUCGAUACACUUUGUUCACUACUCAAUGAUGAAACAUUAAUAUGGGGACAAAAAAAGAUGGCCAUGUCAUUCUUAUGUCUACUUCUUCAAAAACAAGUGUCAAUACCAUCAUUGUGUAUUGAAACCUGUCUUAAUUUUCUCAUACAUGAUAAUAUAGAAUUACGAAAGUAUGCUGUCAAAGCUAUUGCAGCAUUUUGUCGUUUACAAAAAUCACCUCGAAUUUAUGUUGAAAAGUCUCUUGAUGAAAUUCUUAAUUGCAAUAAUCAAUCAUCAACUAGUAUCAUCAAUGAUCGAUUUCAACCAGGCGAUCGUGAUAAUAAUUUAUGGCUAACAUAUAAUGAUUAUAAACCACCGAAACUACAAACUGAAUGGGAAGAAACAUGCUUCUUAGAUAAAGUGUCUCAUGGUUAUUAUCAAUGGCAAAAGAUGAUCAAAUAUCCAAUAAAUAAACGCGAACGUUAUAUUCAUGAUCAAAUGCCAAAACACGCAUCAAUCAUCUUUGAUCAUUUUCUUGACAAAAGUUUCUUAACAAAAUUAACUAAAGUUAUUAUAUUUGAUGAACGUGAGAUUGAAUUCAAUAGAAUUCGAUUUUUGAUGUACAAGAGUCUCUUUCGUAAUUUCGGUCUGGCAUUUGUUGAUAAUUUCAUUGAACAAUUGUAUGUACUCAUUCAUGAAUCUAUACAAGAGAAAUAUGAAGGUAGUCAUCGAGCAGCAGCUGAAAUUGUAGCCGGUAUGAUUCGUGGUUCGAAAUAUUGGACAUUAGAAAUGUUAGAUGAACUUUGGCAAAAACUUACACCAUUUCUUAUCGAAGUUAGUAACAAUCUUACUCAAGAAAAUUAUUUACAUUGGGGUGCCUGUUUUCGAUAUUGUUUGAACGAUACAGAUCCUCGUCGAAUGUCUCGACCAAUUCAUUUCAUUUAUACAUUGAUCAAUCAUCAAACAACUUCCUAUACAUUCAAUGAAGCAUCUCGAUGGUAUUUAGUUCAAAGUCUUCGAGUUUUACAAUGGCGUAUUCCAUCAAUUUGGUAUUCUAUUCAUGAACAUGCCAAAGAACUACUUGAUCAUUCAUCGAAAUGGAUACGAGAACGUAUUGUUGUUAUAUUAGCGAUAUCAUUCGGAAUCGAUCUGAAAUUAUUUAAUGGAAAAUCGACACGUCAUCCGAAUACUGAUCAAUUUAUUGAUAUGUUGCGUGAACGAUUACGUCAAGCUAUUGAUAUCUAUGAAAGUAAACCAUUAGUAAAUCUUUCUGGUUCGAAUGUUGAACUCGAUGUCGAAGCUCGUCAAGCAUUGAAUUUAAUUGAAACAGUGAUUGAUCUGCAUUCAAAUUUAUUCGUUCGAUCUCAUCAACCAAUUACGGAAGGUAUCAUUCGUCUGUUUCCUUAUCUCUGCGAAAUGCAAAGUAUUGUUACUAAUGAUGCUGGUUUUAAGAAACGUCUAGAAAUUGCUCGCACGUCUAUCGGCAUGGCCUAUUUAAAUGCACAUCUUUUGGAAAUACUCAUUCAACAAUUGGAAUACGUUUGUACGACUGUAAAAUGGCAUGCACGAUUAGCAACUAUUGAAUUCGUUCAAAAUCUUGUAUUUUGUAAUUUAUUCAAUGCUCGUUGUCAUGCAAAACGAUUGCAUGAACUUGUAUGCAAAUGUUUGUUCGAUGAGCAAUUAGAAGUACGAUUGAUUGCAUCGACAACUUUAUCAGGUUUCUAUCAAUGUGGUUACAUUCCAGUCACUGAAGACGAUUUAAAAUAUUUUAUUUCAAUGAGCAAAAUUGAUUAUUUUACAAUAAUGAACGGCAAGAAAGUUAUGUCGACGAAAGAUAUUGUCAAAAGACAUAGUGGUAUUUUGGGUCUUUGUGCUAUUGUUCUUGCGAGUCCCUAUGAUGUUCCAAGUUAUGUACCAAAUGCAUUAAUGAUUCUCUGUGAACAUUCGCAUGAUCCUCCUUUGAUUCAAAAAUCGAUCAAAGAAUGUUUGUCUGAAUUUCGUCGAACACAUUAUGAUUCCUGGCAUGAACAUCGAGCAAAAUUCAACGAUGAUCAACUUGAAAUUUUAGCUGAUGUACUCAUUUCACACACUUAUUAUACUUGA